AGAUAGUUUCAAGGAUUCAAGAAUUUAAGUGAAAACUCAAAAUCGAAGGGAACCGCGAGCCGCAACUGACGUGGAUAAAACAAUCCAACCACAUAAGAAUUUUUUAAAUUUACAAAUAAGAAAAAUCGAAUUAACAAAAUAUGGAUUUUGUAACGCUCUUUGACGAUUUUCAGCGGAUGAAUAAGCGGCAGUUUUUCUAUCAAGUCUUGAGCUUUGGUAUGAUAGUUUCCUCAGCUUUGAUGAUAUGGAAAGGCCUUAUGGUAGUUACAGGAAGUGAGAGUCCUAUUGUAGUAGUCCUUUCAGGUAGUAUGGAACCUGCAUUUCAUAGAGGUGAUUUAUUAUUCCUUACCAACUACCCUGAAGAGCCAGUAAGAGUUGGUGAAAUUGUAGUAUUCAAAGUGGAAGGGAGAGAUAUACCAAUUGUUCACAGAGUGUUAAAACUUCAUGAAAAGGACAAUGACACAGUGAAAUUCCUUACUAAAGGUGAUAACAAUAGUGUAGAUGACAGAGGUCUUUAUGCACCUGGACAGUUAUGGCUAACAAAAAAAGACAUUGUUGGAAGAGCUAGAGGAUUUUUGCCAUAUGUUGGUAUAGUUACAAUUUUAAUGAAUGAAUAUCCCCAGCUCAAGUAUGCUGUACUGUCCAUUCUAGGAAUAUAUGUCCUUCUUCACAGAGAAUAAAUGGAAAGCAAGAUCCGCACUGGUUAUUUUUUACUUUAGAUAUAAAUAAGCACAUCUCCAUGAACUAUUUAAUUUAUGAAAAUGAUUUUGUAUGUGUAAAUAUAAGUAAAUAUUCUGGGUUUUUAAUUAAAUGUGUUAAGAAAGUA